AUGGCGAUUCCUAUGACGCAAUUGGGCGGUCGUGCCUUCCACCACGAAGACAACGACGAGGUAGAGCGCGAGUAUGACCAUCUACGCGCUCUUGCCCAUGCCGAAGCGGACAAGCGCGGCGACUGCUACGAACGGUCUAAACGCGCUUACGAAGAUGGCGACGGUGCUGGAGCAAAGGAAUUGUCCAACCAAGGCAAGGCCCACGACGCCAAGAUGAAGGAAUACAACCGGCAGGCUUCCGACUACAUCUUCCGCGAGAACAACGCUCCCGGCCGUGUCGACGCCGACAGCAUCGACCUCCACGGGCAGUUCGUCGAAGAGGCGGAACGCAUUCUCGAACAGCGCAUUCGCGCGGAUCAGGCCCGGGGCCAGACGCACUUGCACGCUAUUGUCGGCAAGGGCAACCACUCGGCGAACCAUGUUCAGAAGCUCAAGCCCAGGGUAGAGGAGCUGUGUCGCGAACUAGGGCUCCAGUAUAGCUCAGAGGAGAAUACCGGCAGGAUAUACAUCAACCUCCAGGGCGGAGAGGCUAUCCCGCCACAGCACGGCGGGUAUGGUGGCCAUCAAGACCAAUACCAGCCUCCUCACCAUGGACAGCAACAGCAUGGUGGACAGCAUCGACCCCCACAGCAUCACCAACAACAUCAAGAACAAGACGAGGAGACGGCGGAUGGCCUUAUUCCACUCCUCUUGCAGAAGCUGGAAAAGGCCUGCUGCGCGGUCAUGUAG